GGGCAUCAGUCCAUUGAGUUCAUAGCUGUGUUGCUCUUCAUAGGUGGGACCUGGUCAGGAAAGACAAAGCUAAAGGGUGUAUUCUCGUCUGGCUCCUCCUCUCUUCACCCUGCUCCCUGGCUGGCAAGGGAUGAACAGCCUACACCUUCACACUGUGUCGUGGAGUGUGAAGCUCCUCUACUUUGGAGCUAGCCAACUAUGGACUGAAUCUUUCAUGAGCUAAAAUAAAUCUCUUCUCUGUUAAGUUGAGGAGGUCAGGUAUUCUGUUCCAGUGAGAGGAGGGGAGUUGAAGCGACUGAGGCACACCGUGCAGAAGCUAAGUAUGGAGUUCAGAGUCUGACUUGAAUAGACCACUGUGGUGUGGUAUGGUGCAGGGGCAGGCAGCCCAAAGGACACUGGGGACACCUGUGUGUCCCCAGGUGCUGCAGUAAUGACACCAGUAAUAGCUUACAGCUUUCCAUACUUUUAUUCUCUUGUGGUACCAGAAAUGCAGUUUCCCAGAGCUUGUGCAUCCAGUGUCAGUGCCACUGGGCCAAAACCCAGGUGUCCUGGGGCCUCACUCCCUCUGGAAGCUCUAGGGAGCAAUCUGCUCCUAUCUCCCAACUUCUAAGGUCCCCAGCGCCUUCAUCCAUCUAGCUUCUGCCUCCUUGGUGUGGCCUUCUCUUCUGUCCACAUCAAUCUCCCUCUGCCUCCCUUUCAUGAAGAUGCCUGCUGUAUUUAGGACCCACCUAGGCAGCUCCUUGUCUUAAGAUAUGGGUCGCAUUUACAUAAUCUGCACAUCUACAGCAGUCACCUCCCCAUGUUCCUGGAAGUUUGGAGCCAGUACCAGUCUGCUGGGGGGUGGGGUGGGGUCCUUACCUAGAUACAGGACAGAAAGGGCAGGGACAGUAGGAGCGUGGAAUUCUACAUGGUUCUGGUUCCGUGUGGUCAGAAGAGGUUGGCAAGCAGAGGUAGCCCUAUGUGUAGAGAUCUGGACACAUGGAAUCAGGAUUCUCUGCAGCUGCAGAUAGUCCUAUAUUGUGCAGGCUGAGAGCCCAGGGAGGUGAGGCCUGCCUUCUCUGCAGGCUAUGACUGGUCAAGGGUAAAAAUGAUAGUGGUCAGGUGCCAUGGGGAGGCCUUCCCCUGACAUGGCUACCUGGUGGCCUCAGAAAGGGAACCGAGACCAAGAGAAGGGAAGUCGUUCGUUCAAGGUCAUGUAACUAGUAAAUGGCAGAGGAAAGGUCUGGACCAUUCAGACGCCUUCAGAACCAUCAAGGUGAGAUGGCUCUGGGCAGAGCCAUUGGAUAGGGACAGUUGAGUGGCCCUAAGGCCUGCUGGGGUGCACGUGGGGCUCCUGAGUGCCUGUGUGCUCAGUGGGAUGUGUGUUGGGCCCAGGGGUGCACUGGCUUGCCUCUCAGGAGAAAGGCUUAGGCUACCAAGGCACAGGGUCUUUUUCACAGAUGUUAAGGCCCAGGAGAGCCCAAGGUCAUUGGAGAACUAUAGCAUGAGGUGGGUGGCACAAGGCUGGCAGGAAUCCACCUAGAAGACCUCUGUGACUCUACGAGAGACCGGGCGCAGAGAGGCAUAGAAAACACUUGGAAAGUACUGACCCAGGCGCAGACCAGCCAGAGGGAAUGGAGAGCAUGUGGGUGUGGGUGCAUCUGAGGCAGUGGGCAGAGGUGAGGAGGGUGUCAGGGACUGGGGAAGGAUUUUCAUCCCUGCGUGGAUUCAUCUCUGCCCUCCAUUGAACCAUAGUUGUGUUGUGCGCACCCCUGCAGCCUCCCUGAGCUGGAGUCAGAGCAAGUGGCACGCGAGGGGGAGAUGGGAUAUCUGCGCACUGGGGAGGAGCUGGAGGAGUCAGCGCCCUGCCUGAGCAGCAGAGCAAAGGCCCACAGUGCCGGCUGGAGACUCACGGGACAGAGGGGCUGGGUAGGCACCAUUGUGAGGGCUCCUGGGAGGCUGGCGUGUCACAGUUGAUACCAGUCUGCUUGGCCAGCACCGUCAUCUCUGGACCUGCAGCUCAGAUGUGGCAGCUGAGUGGCUCAGUCAUCAGGGGCUUGGUCUGGGCCUGUGGAUUUGCAGGAUGGCUAAGGUCCCACCCAACACUCAGUCUGAUGCCUGUCCAGCCCUCCAACCACCUGGAAUGGAAUGAGCCUAUGCACUCUCUCCGGAUAAGUGUGGGGGGCCUUCCUGUGCUUGCGUCUAUGACCAAGGCUGCAGAUCCCCGCUUCCGCCCCCGCUGGAAGGUGAUCCUCACGUCCUUUGUGGGUGUUGCCCUCCUCUGGCUGUUCUACUCGCACCGCCCAGCCCCAAACAGGCCCCCCACCCACAAUGCACAUAACUGGAGGCUCAACCAGGCACCUGCCACCCAAUACAAUGACACUUACCCCCUCUCAGCCCCCCAGAGGACAUCAGGCGGGAUUCGAUAUCGAAUCGCCGUCAUUGCUGACCUGGACACAGAGUCUAGGGCCCAGGAGGAAAACACCUGGUUCAGUUACCUGAAGAAGGGAUAUCUGACUCUGUCGGACAGUGGAGACAAGGUGGCUGUGGAAUGGGAUAAAGACCACAGUGUUCUGGAGUCCCACCUGGCAGAAAAGGGGAGGGGCAUGGAGCUGUCGGAUCUGGUUGUGUUCAAUGGGAAGCUCUACUCUGUGGACGACCGGACAGGGGUUGUCUACCACAUCGAAGGCACCAAGGCCGUGCCCUGGGUGAUUCUGUCCGACGGUGAUGGAACAGUGGAGAAGGGCUACCUCAUCCAUGAAUCAGCCUCCUGGAGCGACACUCUGCAGCGCUGGUUCUUCCUGCCACGCCGGGCCAGCCAUGAGCGGUACAGUGAGAAGGACGAUGAGCACAAGGGCACCAACCUCCUUCUGAGCGCUACCCAGGACUUCGGGGACAUUUCUGUCCGCCGCGUGGGCGAGGUGGUCCCCACACAUGGCUUCUCAUCAUUCAAGUUCAUCCCCAACACAGACGACCAGAUCAUUGUGGCCCUCAAGUCUGAAGAGGACAGCGGCAUGGUGGCCACCUAUGUCAUGGCCUUCACACUAGAUGGGCGCUUCCUGUUGCCCGAGACCAAGAUUGGAAGCGUGAAGUACGAAGGAAUAGAAUUCAUUUAAAUUAAGGCAUUCUGACGUUGGUCACAGCUGAGAUCAACGGUCUUCGCUGCAUCGGGACAGGUUUUACACAAACCAGAGGACUGCACUUUUGUCUCGUUCUUUUUGUAACCACAAAGUGUGUGCCUAGCUUAAGGAUUUCCAGAACAGGAUUCAGUCCCAGGGCAUGGGAAGGCCUGGAAGUGUCUUGGGAGGUGUGAGGGCCUGGACCUGGAGUUGCUCUGCCAGGCCUCUCAGCACUGCCACCUGGUGGUGGACGCAUCACUGUCUGUGGAUGUCUUGAUAGGGGCCUGCCCUUGAGCUCUGCCCUGCUGCUCUUCCAUUUGACCCCCUCUUUCCUGACUUCCCAUGAGUUCUUUGUUCAGUGUGUAUUUCGGGAGCACCUGAGCCACCCCACUUGAUGCUCCUCUAGGGGCAUCUGGGCAUUCCGUGGACCCUGUUGACCUUGGAACGUAAUGUUUACACUACAGGAUGCAGGCUUAGUUAGGGUAGUCUGUAGGGAUACAGCUGCCUGCCCUGCCCAGAGAGCCUCACAUGAGAUGGCGGCACUUCCCUCGCCAAUGACCUCCUUCCUCCCUUCUGAGAGUGCUGUGUAGCAGUUGGAGAUUUUAAUUAUUAACUUAUUUUUACUGUGGCAGUUUCUUCUCAUAAGACAGAAUCACCAGACCUUAUCACACAGAGCAAAGUCAAAGCAAAUUUGCUCCCAGCUGGAGGAAACUGUCACUAAGCAGCCACAGUUGGCAAGGCCGGCUCACAGUAGAAGUUUCUGAGUCCUUGGCUUGCUGCCUUUUUCUAGCAACUUCAAGAAAGUGCCAUGUCCUUCAGGACUCACAAAUGACUUGGAGCGUGUUACUCGCAGGAGGGUAACAGUAGCCCUUGCAGUUGACCCCUGACCCAGGCCCACUCUGUUCUGAAGGUCAUCCCUGUCAUUUGCUGGGGUUUCCACAACUGUCUCUUCCUGGUGGGAACUUCACACAGACCUUGGUCCUUUUAGGUCCCUGCUGUAUCAUCUUGAUGCUGUAGGGCAGAGGCUGGUGGGACCGAAGUGAAGAAGGGACAUCACAGCUCUCCUCCCUGUGGCAACUACCUCACCCCAUGUCACCCCCCAGAAUAGCAGAGGCACCAUGUUGUAGGGGAGUCCCCUGGGCUGUGACUAGCUGUGUUGACCUUCACAGGUCUUCCACUUAGAAACCCCAGGAUGCCUGCCUAGAAGAGCUGGCCAGGGAUCUCUCUUGUGGUUGUCCGAUCCUCACACAGCAGAAGAGAAGCCACAUUAAUGAUAUUUUUCUAGAGUUCAGCUCCUGCUGGGCACAGCUUGGAAGACCCACUUCUCUUAUACCUGUGCCUGGCUGGAUCAUCUGACCUUCUUGGCUAAUGUCAGUGAUGUUGGCUUGUGUGAUUUAAAGAGUAGAAGUGCAUUUUGAAAUGGAGAGAUCUUGGGACAGUCUAGAAAUUAAAACAUGACUGAUGUGUCAUUGCUGGCCCAGAGUGCAGCAGCAUUUUCACACAGUGAUUUUUAAAGAUUUUAAAGCUAGCCUUUGCUUUCCCUCUGCAUUCGCUACUGUCAACAUAAUGAUUGUGUUCCUGCCCUCCAGGUCCCUGUGUUUUAUAAACAAUAAAAUGUCAGAAGGAAAUGAC